AUGUCGGAUGUGAUUCGAUAUACAAAAAUUGAAAUCAAUGAUGGAGGGGAUGAAACGCGCAAAUUUGGUGUACGAUCCGAAUAUUCGUCACCAACAAGUCUGUAUGAAGUGAUGACUAUGGCAACCAUUACAGGUGAUAUCGAUGAAAUUGAUGACGAUACAGCGAUCGAGUUACCGAUCAUUAGGAGUGCUUCGAAUGGUGCUGAUUUUGCAGUGAUUAUCAAUAACGAUUUGUCGUUGUUCGAUUUCUCGUUCACAUUCAAAUUCGUUUAUCCAAAAGAAGAAAAACAAAUGGUGCAAGCUGCGAUGUUAGGCACAAACGAAGCAAAUUACAAAUUUGUCGAGUUCAUGGAUAGAGACGAUCGAAACGGCGAUGUGUACGCGUUGAGUUGUAUGAAUGAUCGGUAUAUGCUUGAAGUAUGCGAGGAGGGUUAUCUGACAAUAUGGGAUAUGGCAACAAUGAUACAACUAGUCAAGAAACGCAUCGUUUCUGAAGGAGAAUCCAUCAAAGCGUUCAAAAUUCUUGAAGGACAACAAACUCUGCAAGAAAUUACACUCAUUUUGAUUGUUUACAAUCAGAAUAAUGCAAAAACUGAGUUGCAAAUCCGUUCGUUGAAAAGCGCUGAAUUGGCGUAUGCGUUAAGUGUACCAAUCGAUACGGAUUUACUUGCAUUCGCACCCAAUGAAGAAUUCUCAAUAAUGAUCGUAGAACCGUACGGUUUUGCGCCAAGGUUAUUGAAAUUUAGUUUAAGCAAAAAAUAUUACGAACACAUGAAUAGACAAUUAAUGAGAAGCCAAAUCGUAAUCUGGCUUAGGCUCGACAACAUCACUGAUAUUGAUAUAUCAAUUGGUUUGGAGCGAAAGUUACCCUUGCGAACGGGACUGUUCCAUUCGUAG